AUGUCGUCACCUUUAAAGCUAUUAAUGAAGAGACGAAGCCAGAAUCGAUCUUUUGGUGACGGCAAACAGUCGCCAACAAAGUUUGACCCAAAGAAAUAUUCAGUACAGUUUGAUGCCCUAUUGCAAGUAGAUGAUGCCAGAGAACAUUUCUUCAGUUAUCUGAUUAAUGUUUCUGAUUGUCAAGAAAUAGUUGUCUUUCUUAAGGAUUUCGAACAAUAUAAGCAUGAAUACAAGUUGAAAACCAUCCGAAAGAAGGCACUUUUCAAAACUGAAAAGAUGGAAGCUUCACUCCAAACCAAUAUCAAUUAUUUGUACAAUAACUUUCGAGCAUUCUUUAAGAAACAUUUAGAAAGUUUUACCCUUAACUUAUCGAGUACCCUCAUCCAAAAAGCCAAAGAGAUGAAUGAAGAACUUGAGAAUCUCAUGAAAAGCAAACUGAGCCGUGUGAGUUCGCUGCCAUCUCUCAAAGAAUCUCGCUCAAGUAGUAACACCACCACAAAUAGAAUACUGCAAUUACUUAAUCCUGAGUUUACUUUUGAGGGUAUACGACUUUCCAUAUUGCACGAUAUGAUGCAAGAUCAAUUUCCAAGGUAUUUAACGAGCAAUGAUUUACAAGAAUUGUUAACAGAGCAAGGUGAAGAAUUCACCCGUCGUAUAGCCAUAAGUAACGAAAAGGGAAGGAUUGACUUUCGAAUGAAAUCCAAUGAUUUUGUUGGUGAUGAAAUCACUCCAAGAUACAUCUAUGGAGCUUUUUCUCUAUCUGAGGCCUCAGAUUGCUGGGAAUUGGUUCACGAGUCACAGGAGCCAUCCGUACUAUCGACCUAUCUCUCUAAUACUGACUUUAGUAUUGGCAAGCGAGAAACAACUGGCCUCAAAUGUUACAAACAUGUCUUCAAUUUGGACAUGGAGAGAGAUUUCAUCUUUGCCUUGUAUGCCUCAUCAGAGAGUAGAUGUAAAUUAGAUAUUGAAGAGAAAUCUCACCUUCUCGGCUUCAAAAGUGGCACACAAAACAAGACCCUCUCCUGUACAAAGAGUAAGACCAUUCUCUCCUUUGACUAUGCAGGAAUUAAGAUGAAGGACAGAGCUCUCUACACUACCAAUGCAACAGUCUACGAUGCAGAAUUGGAUUGCAUCAUAACCAUUCACAAAAGCUAUGGUGAUAACAACAAUGAAUUGGAACAAUCGGAGAAUGAAGUGAGAGCUGAUGCUCUUGUAGUUCGUUUCUUCUAUCGAUUGGGUCCUCACUCCACAAGGCUGAUUGUUAUUGUCUUUUCCGAUAUGAAGUUUCCAUUGCAAACCUCCAUGUUCUCUACCAUGAUGAUUAAAAGGAGAGCAAAGGCUUUGAGAACAUCAUUACUCGAUGCAGCACCAUUAUUCUAUGAAAAGUGGUUGGAUUACAGGAGUAGGCAAUAUUUGGUGAAUCAACAUGAUGAUGGCAACGAUGAGAAUAAUUAUCCUCCAUCGCAACCACAACAACAACAACAGCAGGAAGAAGAAGAUUGCAUGUUGAAUGUCGACAAAAUGUUUCGCAUCAGUAAUGAUGAUGAAUUUUUAGCCUAUCGAUGCUUGAAGGAAAACAUUCAGACCUUUGGCUCUUGCGAGUGGUACAAAGCCUAUCGAGAACAGAAAGGAAGUUGA